AUGGAACUAGAAGUCUAUCAUGGGCCGUCUAGCACGCAUGCAACCUCCGUUUCCGAGAGAGAAUCACUGCGGAACAGUCGAAAUUCAGACACUCAGCUGCAUCCAAAGGACGCAAGUGUAUCUGCUGUGGAGAAAGAUAAUCAGAGAGACCCAGCCGCCUUCGAUAUCGUCGGAUGGCCCAUUGGAUCAAGAAAGCUUAGUCGAUUAGACGUAGGUAGCUUGCUCGUGAAUCUACUCGGUGUUGCCACAGCAGUACUCUAUUUGGUUCUGAUCGUGAUCGUCAUCAAACGCAAUGGGAACCCAGUAGAUAAGGCGGAUUGGAACCGAGUCGAGACAGCAAUGAACUUGGGAGCAACACUAUUUCCCCUCACCUUUGCCGCGGUGAUCGGACGGAUGAACCAACAGCUCGCUUCGUGGAAGUUGGAGCGCGGAGUCUCUAUCGGCGUUCUUGAGCAGCUUUUUGGAAGCUCGACCUUCUUUAAUACAGUCACCACUCAGAUCUCACUUCGAUCUAUCAACCCAUUAGCCCUCCUUCUCAUCAUUCUCUGGUGUAUCUCGCCACUAGGCAGUCAGUCUAUCCUCCGAAUGCUCCAUACUAGGCCGACAACUAUCACUCGCCCUAUCGACCUUACAUAUGGCAAUGAUACCGAAUUAAGUACUCAUACAUUCACGCCUUCCACAACAUUCACCAAAGCGACCGCUAUGUAUCAAGAAAGCCUAUUAUCACCGGACGUUGUCAAGCACUCCCCCUUGGAUAUUUUUGGUCGCCUCAAAAUUCCACUUGUCGACCUAGGUGAUUCGGGAUCUGCCACAUCUGACUGGAUAGAAGUAGACACCAACGAUACCGACUAUUCUUCUUUGACUGGGAUCGUCAUCGAGGGGGUCAAGGAUGAAAGUGGCGAGACCGAGUUCACCAUGGAGGCGCCCUACUAUAACCUUCACAUGAGUUCUAUCGAAGGCAAGCCUACAUUCAACAGCAAAGGCUUCGACUUUGAGGACGACGGCAUGUACACUAUUGACAAGAGCGAAACCAGGUACGGGCUAACAAAAGUAUAUUUCAAUUUCACUGUCCCAGACACCAACUUCAAGGCGUCAUUCAACCUUACAGAGCAAUACGUCGACAUGCGAGUCAAAUGUGUUGACGGCAUCGCCAACUGUGCCACCACGGCUGUCCGCCCUAUAUCAAGAACUAGUCCCCACGCCAAUGGUACCUACUGGGCCGAUGCUCGAGCAAUCAAAGUUCUUUUCUCUUACCUGAGGUCGGCAGGUAGUGAGCGCUCUCUAACCGAAGCCUACUUCCGGAAUCCAGACACUCCUUUAGCAGCAAAUAUUUACACGGGAUCUACCUUCACCAUCCCUGUUGAUAUCUUCCUUCUGCGGCUUACUCAGGUUGUCAACACCUACGGUCUGUUGCUAUCUGCGUCUAGUGGUGGGGGUUCCUACAAUGGCACUGGUACAUUUACCGAUAGCACACCGCCUCCUAUAUAUGAGAUCAGCUGGCCAUGGCUUGUCAUCUCGCUCGUUGGUACAGGGGCUAUCAUUAUCGGGGCUUUUGUGCCAGCCAUGCUUGGGCUUUUUACACGGAACCCGGAUAUUCUGGGGUAUGUGUCGACAAUGACGCGAGAUGCACCGAGCCUCGAGGUUCCACCCGGCGGCGGCACACUAGGUGGAAUGGACAGGGCGUUGUUGUUGAAAGAUAUGUCCAUUCGGUUGGGCGAGAUCACAGAUGAUUCUGGGUCAGUCAGCCGGAUUGGUAUAGGGGCAUUGGACCAGGCGAGCCUGUCCAAAAAGGGACGUCAGUACGAGUGA